UCCAUGCUCGGAGGGGUGUGUCUCAGAGGCCAUGGGGAAUCAGUGCUCAGGCAGUGCACAUGUUGCGAACUCGCAGCCGGUGCACCAGCAGCAGUUCCCCAUGUAUGUCUUGAAGGUGAGUGACUUCCUGGCCAUGGAAGGGUCCCCAGUGCCGCAUCAAAGGCUUAUGGAGCGGCAGCUUCUGCAGGCCUGGGAGCCAGGGAUGUUCUCCAUCUUCAUCUCGCACCAAUGGAUUGGUUCCACCCAUCCAGAUCCUGAAGGUCAGCAACUAGCAGUGCUUCGCAGCUGCCUGCGACGUUUGAUUGAUGGGACCAUACAGGUUGAAGAAGAUUUGGUGUCGCUGAGUUUGGGCUCCAGAAGUUUGCAGCCAGAGACGCGGAAGCUCAUUGCGGGCGGCUACAUCUUCCUGGACUGGUUCGCUAUUCCACAGAUCACUGCACGCUUGGAGGGAACGAACGAGAGUGCCACGGGCUCCGACGCCGCGAAGGCGGUACAGAGCAUCCCCGCGUACGUGGAGGUGGCGGACCUCUUCAUAGCGCUGGUGCCGGAAAUGAUGCAUUCCGAUACCAAGCUGCCCUGCAACUUCACCUCGUGGCUGUCUCGUGGAUGGUGCCGGGCGGAAUUGUGGUGUCACCUGCUCUCCAACAAACCAGACACCAGAGUCAUCCUGAUUUUCUCGGACCGCGAAGCGGAGUACAUGUCAGCCCUGAAUUGGCAACAGAACACCAUCGCCCAAGGCGAUUUCACGGUGGAGAAGGACCGAGCUGUGGUGGUGAAACUUGGGGAGGCUGCAGUGGAAAGCAAGAUACAGCACUUGUCGCGUGAGGGUCCGCUCUCGCACUGUCGUUUCUACUUGGCACAGCGGCCCAAACUUCUGGGCCAGGAGAGGAUCCGCUUUGAGCUCAACAAAUUUCUCUCCCACUUUCGCUUCUCGAGCCUCAAGGAUGCUGUGGGAGUCGUGGAGGGAAUGACCCCUUUGCUGUGCGCCGUUUUCGCUGAAGAUGUGGACCUUGUGCGGCUUCUUGCGCAGAACCAGGCAGAUGUGAAUCUGCGCUUGCGUGGGCUGAGUCAGCUGGGCUACUUUGAAGGUCAAACUCCUUUGAUGGUGGCGGCCAAGUCCUAUCAACGGGCAGAGAUGUUGUCAACGUUACUGGAGCUUCGGGCCGACAUCAGCGCGCAAUCUGGCGCUGGGAUCAAUGUGGCCUACUUAGUGCGGACGCCCGAGCAAGUGCAGGUGUUGCUGAAGUUCCGCGCGGAUCUGGACUCGCCCUGCCACAACGGUUUGACGCCCUUGACCGGCGUCGCCUCGUUGGCCAACCCCGAGACCGUCAAGGCACUGUUGGCUGCACGCUGCGAUCCAAACCCACAGCAUGUGCCAGGGCAAGGCCUCAGCUAUACCCCCUGCUUUGGUGCAGCGCUAUUUUCCAAGAAUAACCGGCAUGGGGCCGAGAACAUGCGUUUGCUCAUCGAGCACCGCGCGGAUAUCAACGUCAGAGCGAGGCCUCAAGGACUCUUGAAAUUUGUUUGUCAAUCCCUCCGUGCAUAUGUGGAGCUUUUGGGAUCCGAAUGCAGAUCAAAGCAUGUAGUCUAUCUGGCAAAUUUCCCGGGCAUGAGCCCCAUGAGUGUAGCUGCUAUGGUGGGCAAUGAAGAGAUGACCAAGAUCCUUUGGGACGCAGGGGCGGAGAAUAUGCCAAAUGAUCGCGGGUUCAUGCCAGAAGACCUGGCCACGCUCAAUGGGCAUCGUCACUUGCUCCCCAUGAUAUCAACCUUUCACAGCUGAGCGGCGCAGAGUAUUGGCUGGAGAUCGGAGAUUAUACUGGUAAUGAAUGGG